AUGCAACCUCCAUCACCAGCCCCGCCCGCUUUCGACUCGAUAGAGUCAACCAUCAAGGCAUUCAAGAACGGCGAAUUCAUUGUCGUUCUGGAUGACGAGGACCGCGAAAAUGAAGGCGACCUCAUCAUCGCUGCCGAAGACGUCACGACCGAGAAGAUGGCCUUCAUGAUCCGACACACUUCCGGCCUCAUCUGCACCCCCAUACCCGGUGACCUGGCGGCCCAAUUAGAGCUCCCACAGAUGGUCGUUUCCAAUGAGGAUCCAAAGCGCACCGCCUACACCAUCUCAAUCGAUGCCUCGGACGAUUCUGUGACCACCGGCAUCUCAGCACACGACAGGGCCCUUACCUGUCGAACGCUCGCACAUUCCAAAGUCAAGCCUGAGAGCUUCCGAAGACCGGGACAUGUCUUCCCGCUGCGAGCGCGAGACGGCGGAGUUCUGACCCGAACGGGACAUACUGAGGCUGCCGUCGACUUCUGCCGCCUAGCGGGGAAGGCUCCUGCGGGUGUCAUCUGCGAAAUGGUGGACGAUGGUCAGGAGAUCCCUGGUCGAGCGGAGCGCACAGAGCCCGGCAUGAUGCGGAGGGAUGCCUGUUUGGAAUUUGGUAAGAGAUGGGGACUGAAGGUGUGCACGAUUGAGGAUCUGGUCCAGUACAGGAAGAGCAACGAGCAACUCGUCAAUGGGGUGAACGGGCACUAA